GAGUGAAGCAGAGUUUUUCUCAAGGGUGUUGACAUAUUUCGGGAGUGUGGCGCCGACACCAGUGCGAUGUUACGCUUGAAGGUCCUUCCUAUGCCGUAAAACAAACUGCCUGUCUCAAUCCCUGGAGAAUCCCCAACGGAAGAUUGUCAGUGCCGAUCAGCCUGAGGGAGAUUAUAUUGCAGAAUAUGGAUGGCUGAUACUUGGUGUGCCGAGUCCAACGAAGCGAAGCAAGUACUCUAGUUGCUGAUCAUCGAGUACCGAUGUUUAGUAAAUAAUCGCCUUAGGAGGCAGCGGUGACAUGAAAUAACUAUUAGUGCAAUAUUUCCCAACAGGCAUCACCCAUCGGCCGCUUCCGGAGGGAAGCAGACCAGAGUCAGCCGGCAUGGGAACCGGGACUUCUACGAUCUCAUUUCUUUUGGGCCUCCCCCUCCACCGACCCUCUGCCACCGCUGCUCUUCCAACUCCCAAUAUCUUCGCCAACGCCACCACUAGUUGCCUCUCCCGUCCCUUUCCUGAGACAAGUGAGAUGACUGCGUUUAUGAUCCGGUUAAGACUGGAGCAUUGGCGACGGCGUCACACCCUCGAUCGUGCUAGGCUCACAUCGGCCCCGUCGGGUCGGACGCCACAUCUUUUACAUAGCAUUGACCAGUAUAUUUCAUGGUCGUAUUCGUAUUGAUAUUCUCCACCAGGUAAGGAAGUAUCGAGUUGGUUUGCAGGGAAAAGGUCUAGCAGAUUAGGGUUGAAUUUUUGACGAAAAGAAGAGAAAGUCGGAACCGGGCCAUAGCCGUGCGUCCAUUGUUGAGGUAGUGCGGGGGAGGGGUGACGAUGAAUUUGUGCAUGCGGUAGAAGAGAAAGGGAAAGGAAUAUAGUACAGGGGAGGAAGUUCAACGAACGUUAAUAAACAUUUGAUCUACUUGUAGGAGAGAAGAU